UUCAAAACAAACAAAUAACUUCGUCUGCAGCAACACCUCAAAUAAAAAAUAAAGAAUCGAACGUUUCGUUGGUUUCGUUUAGGAAGUAGUAAUUUAGUAUAAAGAUUUCUCAUUAACCAGAAAGACAGUAGUUGAAAAAAGAUGAGUAACAAUGGAGUUAAUCUUAUCAAAGAAUUAAAAACUUGUAUCAAACUUAAGUGAAAAAUAUUGUUUUAGGCCUGCAACAAGCCACAACAGCCCAUUCUUCAUUUUUCUCCAGCUGGGGAAGAACGAAGAAGUAACAUUUAUCCCCAAGUGUCCAACAGGGAAUAACAAUGCCAUGGCAAUUGUCUUGAAAAAAAUUUGGAUUUAAAAUGUUAGUUACUUAAGCCAUGUAAGGAAGUGUGAGUGAUACUUGGGCUUGACCAUGAAUCGAUGUAGUGAAUUUCAACAGUUUCAGAAUUAUUUCUUUACCUUUUUAUUUUAUCACAUCUCGUUUUUGGCAUUGGAAGGCCCAACAGAUAGGAAUAGUGUAACAAAUAAGUAAAAUAAGUACCAAGAAUGGCCGGCUUGAGAGAAAGAACGUUUAUUUUGGUGUGGAAGCAAUUACAUUGUACUGCGACCGAAACUGUAAGAGUAAAAUAGAAUGAAAUUUGGGAUUGCUACCUCCAUCGUCAAGUUCAGGCGAGUUCAGGCGAGUUCAGGCAUGUUCAAGGUCAGUUAUAUUUUGUCACGGUGUUUGCUAUUGGAUGACACCGUGCAAAGAGCUUACCUUCAUAUUCACGUUCGUCCCGUCCAAUCGUCAGUAAAUAUGCAUUAACCCUUAACGUCUCUUUUGCGGCCUGAUCAAAGAAGAGAAAGCUGAUGGCGAAACAGACAACCGUUUAAACUAGGAAAAAUGAGGAUGCCACUGCUGCUAGUCAGGCGAAAGGUUACUUAAAGGAGACCGAAGACUUCUAAAGUAAAUCGAAUUUCACAGAUCAAAACUUGAAUUCAGCAACCAUGUCUUCCACCAACAUGAUUAUUUCUCUCGUCUCUGUCUCUACUGUUGUCAUCCUUGCGGGUCUCUUCGCCAGUUGGUGCGUUCGCACAAUACGCACAUUGAUAAAAUCUCCAUCCAAAUCGGAGCUGAAACUGCAAGGAUUACCAGUACAACCGACCCGCAAAGAUGGCCAACCCGAGUCGAUGAGAUUCCAACGUCGAAUCCAAUCCACAAUGGCGGCGUUCAUAGAAAACGGAAUGGACGAUCAAGUGGCACCUCUUGUCGUCUCUCGUUUGGAAUGGUGCAACCAAAUCAACCGCUACCUGGACAUGUUGAAGAAUACGCCAGAGUCAAUCGAGAGUGUGGCGAAUGGCAUCGAGGUCCUGAUGAAUUACCACCAACUUCAUCGAUCGGAAGCGGAACAAGACCUCGUCGAUGCCAUUCUCAGCAGAGCUUUGAAAAACGGAAACAUUUCUCACCUUUACGCCAAACUGUUGAAGCGACUGAGGAGCGGCGACCAGAAAGGCUGGACACAAAACAUCGUCCGUCUCUUGUUCCAACUCGCCGUCGAGGAAUUCAACCGGCCGCUUGACAGUGACGACGAAAAUGGCAAGUCGAGAGUCGAAAAAUUCAACAACGUCAAACUGAUGGCCGCCAUUUUCAAGAGAGAAAUGCCCGGAGUGCCGGACGGUUGGAUCACAGACUGUGCCGAGACUCUGGUCCACCGUCUCGAGACCGGAGUCACUGAAGAAUCGGUUAAGCAACUCUGCCUCUUCCUGACGACGCUGCUCAUCGCUGAACCCGGAGAAAAUUGUGAUUCGAUUACCCCGACCCGACAGAGACAAUUGCUGACCUGCUUCGAGGCUCUGGAACGAGCGGCAACUCCACCCAAAGUCCCUCAACAACCGGACGUGAAAAUACAGAAAUCGGAUGCAACGACACAGACGUUGAAACCUGAGAGCGGCGAGAGCGACACGGACACUUCUACGGACGAGUCGGACACGGAAGAAUAUGAGUCGGGCCCGGAUUCAGAGACUAAUGGCCUGGAACCUGCUGAAAUCCGCACGAACUCGGCUUCUGCCACUGACAACCGGAUGAAUUAGAAGAAACCGCCGUAAACUUAAACCGAGAAAAGUUCUGAUCGUACAAUUAAUUUCUUUUUGUCUUCAAUGUAAUACGUUUGAAGCUA